CCGGGGGUGUGGGGAAUCCAGCACGAGACGAGCCAGUCAGCGUCGUCUCCAUGACCAGACAUGGCCCCUGCAUCUCGGAAUCAACGACGGCAUUCCAUCAUCGAGACCGCUCUGCUCAGUGCACAGGCUGUCCCCACACGCUCGUGCAGCGAUGCCAUUGCUGACUGUCGCCCGUAACCCGCACUCUACCACCUCUGAUUGGCUCGCCCCGGUCCAACGUCCUGCACCUCCCCACGAUUCAACCGAUCCUCAAUGCCGUGGCUGCUCGCCGUCACUUCCAUCCGCCUCUAUUCGGCCCGCUUACCCCGGCUUGCUCACGAUUAUUUAUGAAGCAGCCAUGGCCCUCGAUCUUUUCUUUCUUUGGACAUUUACGACCGUGCAAGGGAAAUUUUCAACACACCUUCAUAUCCCUGGUUGAUUUCUGCUGUACGCUUUGCGACGAUCAUCUCCUUCGUGCAUAGCCAGUACUAGCUCCUCUCCCUCGGUUUUUUGAUUGGAUUAUUCUAUUAUACAUAUACCCUCGUCUGUCAAUAUGGUCCAAGAGUCCUACGACAUCGUCAUCGUCGGCGCCGGUCCGGUCGGCUUGCUGCUUUCCCUGUGCAUGUCACGAUGGGGCUACAAGGUGAAGCACAUUGAUAACCGCCCGGUACCGACUGCUACUGGUCGCGCCGAUGGUAUCCAGCCCCGUUCAACCGAGAUUCUGCGCAACUUGGGCUUGAAGCGCGCCAUCAUGGCCUAUGAGCCCGCCAAGGUCUACGACGUUGCUUUCUGGGACCCCAAGGGCGACGGCUCUGGCAUCGCUCGCACCGGUAGCUGGCCUAGCUGCCCUCGCUUCAUCGACACCCGCUACCCCUUCACCACCCUUGUCCACCAGGGCAAGAUCGAGCGCGUUUUCCUGGACGAGAUUGAGAAGGCUGGAACCCGUGUUGAGCGUCCAUGGACCAUCAUCGGCUUCAAGAACGACGGCGCCGCCGACUACCCCGUCGAAGUCAGCCUGAAGAGCAUCGACACCAACGUUAUCGAGAACGUCCGUACCAAGUACCUGUUCAGUGGUGAGGGUGCUCGCAGCUUUGUCCGUGAGCAGCUUGGCAUCAAGAUCCACCACAAGGACCCCAUCGCCUACGUCUGGGGUGUCAUGGACGGUGUUGUCCGCACCAACUUCCCCGAUAUCGAGACCAAGUGCACCAUUCACUCCGACGCCGGUUCUAUCAUGGUCAUCCCCCGUGAGGACAACAUGGUCCGCCUCUACGUCCAGAUUGCCUCUUCCACCGACCCCGACUUCAACCCUCGCAAGACUGCCACCGCCGAGGAGGUCCAACAGACCGCCAAAAACAUCCUGAAGCCCUACUGGAUUGAGUGGGACCGCGUUGAGUGGUACUCCGUCUACCCCAUCGGCCAGGGUAUUGCUGAGAAGUACACCCUGGAUGAGCGCAUCUUCAUGGGCGGUGAUGCCUGCCACACCCACAGCCCCAAGGCCGGUCAGGGUAUGAACACUGCCUUCCACGAUGCCCUCAACAUGGCCUGGAAGAUCCACGCCGUCGAGAGUGGCCUCGCUGACCGUUCCACCCUGAGCACCUACGAGAGCGAGCGCAAGGACAUUGCCGAGACUCUGCUGAACUUUGAUGCCAAGUAUGCCGCUCUUUUCUCCAAGCGCCGCCCCAACGCUGGUGAGAUCUCGGCUAGCAAGGCCGUUUCCACUGGCGCCGAGGAAGAGGAGGAUGAGUUCGUCAAGACCUUCAAGUCCUCUUGCGAGUUCACUAGCGGAUACGGAGUCGCCUACAAGCCCAAUGUCUUCAACUGGGAUGCUAGCCACCCUGCCAAGUCUUCUCUGUUCAACCUUCCCGGUGUCCGUCUGACCUCUGGCCGUGCUUUCACCCCAACCAUGGUGACCCGCCUUGCUGACGCCAACUUUGUCGAGCUGGAGCAGGAGGUCCCCGUCAACGGAUCCUUCCGCAUCUACGUCUUUGCUGGUAACCAGACCAAGACCAAGAAGGCCAUCGCCGACUUUGCUGCCAACCUGGAGAAGGAGCGCUCUUUCCUUUCUGCCUAUCGCCGCUCCGACAUCGCCGACGUCUCCUUCUUCGAGCGCCACAACCCUCACUCCAAGCUCUUCACCAUCUCCGUCAUCUACGCCUCCGCCAAGAACGAGGUCGAUGUCGAGUCCAUCCCCCAGGUCCUCCGUGACUACCACCACCACCUGUACGCUGAUGACAUCCCCGAUGUCCGCGUUCCCCAGGCCAAGUUUGCUGCCCACGAGAAGCUCGGCAUUGACGCCGAGAAGGGUGGCGUUGUUGUCACUCGCCCUGACAGCCACGUUGCCUGCACUGUGCAGCUGGUUGAGGGCUCUGGCACUGUCGAUGCUCUCAACGAGUACUUCAACUCGUUCUCGACCAAGUCUCUUGGUCAGGACUCUCAAGCCAGCCGCCUGUAAAUUUUCGGCUUGAUUGAUAUAUGCGUCACGUCUUGUAUAUUUAUAGAUUUUGGAUGUCUAUAGCUUUGUUUUUGAUCGGUCUUGACGAGCGACUGCUUUGUGCAUGAUUGGCGUUGGUUUUUCUUUUCUUUCUACUUUAUUUAUUUCAUGAUUCAAUCAAAAAUUUUACAAUUUAAAUUCCA